AUGAAUGAAGAUCACGGCCGGAGCGGCCCAUCAAUCCUCGGGCCGGACUUUUGGAGCGUUUCAUACAACAGAUGGCUGUGGAACGAAAUGCCAGAAGAGACGCUCCUAAGGGGAAUAAACAUCACCCUUCCUUUGCAAGUUGGAGACAUAGUAGUGGAUCCCAAGCCUGAAAUCAAGUAUCUGGGUAUUAUGAUAGACUAUAGACUGAGCUUCGGGGCGCAGAUCCAGCAAUCUGCGAAUAAAGCUCCGGAGGGGGUUAAUUCCCUAAGUAGGCUUAUGACCAACGUCACCUGGCCAAAAGCAAUACAGAGCAGAGCAGCACUGAGGAUAGCCUCUGCGUACAGGACGGCGUCCGAACCAGCGAUACUAGUAAUCGCUGGAGUCAUACCAAUUGCGCCCUUGGCGAAAGAACUUAAAGCGGUACACCUCAGGAAAACCGAGGUUGUAACGACGGCACCAAGCAAAGAGGAAAGAAAAAAGACUAUUCAGGUGCUGGCAGACGGCUUUCGUGUCCUGGGAACACAACUCAAGAGGAAGCUGGAUCGCGACAUUGAUCAAAGACGUAACACGUGGACGGGGAGGCUGCACGGUGAUACCAAUUAUUACUUAACUCAGUUCCAGAGCGGACACGGAUACUUCCGUGCCUAUCUAUAUAAGAUGGGCCGGGGAAAGAGACAUAAAUGUGUGUAA